GAUGUAAUAAGAAAGAGGAAGGCAAGGAAGAAGAACAGCGACCCUCUUUUUUGUGUCUGUUUUGUUAGAGAAAAGAGAGAGAGAGAUUUUCAGUGAGUUCUUCUUCUUCCUCAAUUCUUCCCCUAAUUUUAUUCUCUCUUUUUCUUUUCUUUUUUUUCUCUCAAUACCCAAAACAAAAAAGAAAAAGAAAAAAAAAAAACUCAUCUCUAUUACAACUUUGUCUCUUUUUCCUCUACACUCUUCCCAAUCCAGGUGGAAUUAUUAUUAAUAUUGUUAUGUGGAGUAUUUGGAUCCGAUGAAGAAGAAGAACAAUAAUUAUAUAAGAAGAAGAAUUAUUGUUAUUAUUAUGUGAUAUGGGACUCGCUAAAGGUCCAUUAAUUUUGUCCAAUAAGGCAACUAGUUGUGCCAAUUCUUCUAUGUCCCACGAUUAUCAUCAUCAUCAUCAUCAAGGAAUCUUCACCUUCUCUAAUGUCACCUUGGACAAAUCCAAUUCCUCCGCCAUCCCUCAACACAACCGCCCUGAUAAGCUCCGUCUCGACUCCUUCUCCGAUUCGAUUCCUCCACCAUCCGUCAUUGGAAUAGAUGAACACCACCACCAUCACCAGCACCAUCAACAACAACUUCAUCAUCAUGUCUAUGCUUCCACACCUAGUGGGGGGACCAUGUUAUCCGACAUGUUCAAUUUCCCUCCCACUCCCUCCCCCGGCGCGGCCACCGUUGAAUUCUCAGACAAUUUUCGAACUUUACACCCUCCCAACUCGGCCUCGGCUUCAUCCAUGCAACUUUUCUUGAUGAACCCUCCUCCACCACCACAACCACAACCACAACCCCGAUCCCCUUCGCCAACCUCUACCUCCUCCACUCUCCACAUGCUCCUCCCGAAUCCACCUGCGAACCCUCUUCAGGGUUUCGAAGGUGGGGUUAGUGUUGGAGAUCAAACGGCUUACGGACAAUUCGCUGUCGUUGAAAGUCAAGGUCUUUCACUCUCACUUCACUCUUCAUCCUUACAACACUUGGAGGACGCUGCUGCUGCCGCCGUCGCCGUCGCAAAAGCGGAUGAAUUAAGAAUUAGGGAUGGUGGGAUUUUGUAUAGUUAUAACAACAACAACAAUCAAGUCCAUGGUGGAGGAGGAGGGGAUGGAGGAAGUGGAUCAACAUCAUCAAUUUUGCAAUAUUCUUUUAGAAAUAAUGAGAAUUCUCCUCAUAGCUUUCAAGCUAAUUCACACAUAAUGAAUCCCAACCAUCAAGUUCAAAUUGGAUUUGGGUCAUCUUUAGGAGUUGUAAAUGUGUUGAGGAAUUCAAAAUAUGUCAAACCUGCACAAGAAUUGCUCGAGGAGUUUUGUAGUGUUGGCAAAGUUCAAUUGAAGAAAAACAAGUUCACUAUUAAGCUAAACCCCAACACCGAAACUGCCGCCACUGCCACCACCUCCACCGCCGCUCCCGGUGGCUCGACAUCAAAGGAUCAACCUACCUUAUCGGCUGCUGACAGAAUUGAGCAUCAACGGAGAAAGGUCAAACUAUUGUCCAUGCUUGAUGAGGUCGAACGUAGGUACAACCUAUAUCGAGAGCAAAUGCAAAUGGUAGUGAACUCGUUCGACCUAGUGAUGGGUUUCGGGGCGGCAGCACCCUACACGACGUUGACACAGAAGGCAAUGUCGAGGCACUUUCGAUGCUUGAAAGAUGCGAUAGCGGAGCAGCUAAAGCAGAGCUACGAGGCGUUGGGGGAGAAAGGAGGGAAUGGAGGAUCAGGAAUAACAAAAGGAGAGACACCAAGAUUGAAGCUUCUUGAACAAAGCCUUCGGCAACAAAGGGCUUUCCAUCAAAUGGGGAUGAUGGAACAAGAAGCUUGGAGGCCACAGCGUGGCCUCCCUGAAAGAUCAGUCAACAUUCUCAGAGCUUGGCUUUUCGAGCAUUUUCUUCACCCGUAUCCCAGCGACGCAGACAAGCUUCUGUUAGCUCGACAGACUGGUUUGUCCAGAAAUCAGGUCUCGAAUUGGUUCAUUAAUGCAAGAGUUCGGUUGUGGAAACCAAUGGUGGAAGAAAUGUACCAACUUGAAGGCAAAGUUGAUACAGAUCAAUCACAAGACGACACCCCACACAACAACAACAAUAGUAAUAAUAAAACCCAAAACAAUCCCAUAAAUGCACAAAAUCCAGCACCCACCACCACCGUCGACGAAGUAGCGGCGGACUUCACGGCGGCGCAUGAGUACUCAGAUCUUCAUAAUGUGUGGCGACAUGGAAGUAGUGAAGAUUAUGGGACCAUGUCUGAGGAUGUUACUGCGGCAGCUGACAUGAAUAAUCCUGGACCAACACUUAUAAGAUUUGGAACCGCAAAUACGGCCACCGGUGAUGUGUCCCUUACUUUAGGCCUCCGUCACGCCGGAAACACCUCCGCGCCUGCCGCUGCGGUGGAUAACCCUUCUUUCUCCAUAAGAGACUUUGGUCACUCUUGAGAAGGAAAUUUUAAACUUUUUCAGAUUAUAUAUGGAUAAUGAUCGUCAACAAAUUGAAAUUCCCCUUUUAAUUUUUGUUUUUAUUUUUGGCCCUUUUUCUUUUUUAUAGAAAAUUAAUUGAUGUAUCAUGGUUGAAUCUCAAUGUACGUAUGUAGCUGAAUUUGUGUAAUUAGGGCUUUGCAAUUUGUGGGGUUGAUUAAAUUAUUGUUAAUUGUAUAGUAGGUUUUUCUUAAUUAUCUUUUUUUCCCCAUUCACUCUCGUUUUCUAGGCUGGUAAGAUGUGAGUGUAAUAAUUUUGUGGAAUAUGAUUAUUUGAUAAUCAUUUUCUACGUACGUAAGAAAAAAUAAGAUAUUUAUGUGUAUUGUUUUGUGUAUUA